ACUAAAAAAAAUACACGUACAGAGAAAAUAAAUGCCUACUUUAAAAAGUAAAUAAAUAAUUUAAAUCCUCCAUAAAUAUCCCUAACAAAGUUUCAACAUUUUAUUUGAUUUUUGCUGAGAAUUACUAGUUUCCUUUAUAACGGGUUGUGCUAAAUAAAGGCCUGAAUUAUCGCUUCAAAUUUGGUUUAUCACCGUUCCUAGUGUUUCUUCUUCUUCUUCUUCUCUCUCUAUGAUUUCUGAUGGUGGACUUUCUUUGCAUAGCCUCCAUUCUAAACUUCUCUAAAACUUACAAACAUAUUCUCAGAAAAUGGCACAGCAAAACUUCCAAGGAAGCUGCAGUUGAAAUUGAUCAACCUACUUUUAAACCCAAUAAGGAGAUUCCUCAUCAGGAUCAUCAUCAGCAGCUGGGUGAUGAGAGAGAAAACAAAAAGGCCAUGCAUGGAAUGAAUUGUAGUUUUAGAUGCGGAAACCGAAACAUCCAAUUCGACGAUCCAACCACUACUCCUACAACAACAAUUAGCAAAGAAGGUCAUCAUGAUCAUGAUCAUCAUGAUCAUCAUCACCACAAACACAAACACAAAAAGCAUCAUAGAAAAUCAGAAAACAAUAAUAAUAAUAGCAGUAAUAAUCCCCUCUCUUCAUCCUCAUCUUCUUCUCUCUCAAGAACCUCUAGUAGUUGUCAAAAGAGUCAUUCCCAUAACAAAAUAUUUUCGUGCACAUGCGGGAAAAGCUCGCCGUUCCCGGAACACAAUAUUGUUAACGACCAGAGCAGUAAAAACGGCACAGAGCACCGCUCUUCCUCCUCUCCUCUGCCUUCUAUUUCCAGGAACAACUCCUCCAACAAUUCUUGCUGGAAGAGAAGCACCACUCCUAUCAUGUUCUCGAACUCAUCUGGAAUGUCCGGUAUGCUGAAACUCCCUCCAAUCCAGAGACAGCUCGAGUGCUCCCUCGAGGAAUUGUGCUAUGGCUGCGAAAAGAAGAUUAAGAUCACAAGAGAUAUCCUUAAAAAAACUGGAGAAAUAGUUCAAGAGGAAGAGUUGUUAACAAUACAAGUGAAUCCGGGAUGGAAAAAGGGAACGAAAAUCACAUUCGAAGGAAUGGGGAAUGAGAAACCAGGGACAUAUCCAGCUGAUAUAACAUUUGUGAUUGCAGAGAAAAGACACCCUGUGUUUAGAAGAGAAGGAGAUGAUUUAGAAUUGGCAGUGGAAAUUCCUUUGGUUGAAGCUCUUACAGGUUGCAGUCUCUCCAUUCCACUACUUGGUGGAGAAAAUAUGAGCUUGCAAAUCGAUGAUAUUAUAGUACCCGGCUAUGAAAAGAUCAUACCAGGCCAGGGCAUGCCAAAUUCCAAAGACGAAGGGAAAAGAGCAAAUAUGAAACUUACUUUCCUAGUUGACUUUCCUAAACAACUCACUGAUCAACAAAGAUCCGAUAUCAUUUCUAUUUUACAGGAUUCUAAUUGAUUAAUGACGAUCAUUUUUUCUCUGCUUUUUUGGUUUUUUUCUUUUUUUUUCUUUUUUUUUUCUAUAAUUUUCUCUGUAGCAGAUGAAGCUUUUGUCAUCUUUUAUAAGGUUUUAUUUUAAGUAGUAAAUUUCAUGGCACAUUUAGUUUAGACAUAUUAACUCCAUUUGUAAAAGUACAUGUUAGCAGAGCUAAUUUUGUUCACUUAGAUGUCGUCCCUACUCAACUGAGAUUAGCUUAAUUCAGUUUGUAUGUCCCUCACACUACAUUUAUACUUCUUGUGAAUUCCAAACACCAAAAAAGGGAAAAUUGUUAUAAAUUAUCCAAAAAAAAAAAAAAAAAACUCUUGUCCCGUUAGAUUGGGCCCUUAAAUAAUAUUGGCACGGAGAGUGGGACAAAAGAUUUCAAUCCUCGUAACAAAAUGUUUGUCUUUCGCAUGCAUGGCAUUCAUGAGGCAUCUCGAUUUUAAGUUGGGCUAGCUUUUAAUGUCAGGCCAAGCCGGGUCAUCCUAUUUACUGCUUUCACAAAUCUGGAUUUGUUUGUAUUUGCCCAGGGAAAUUCACUGAAUUCUCAAUCAUUACACAGGGAAUUGAAAUAGUUAGUUAAAGAGGAGUACUUUUAAACAAUAUUCUCUGUUCAACAAUUUGUGCAUAAACACUAUCAUAAUUUUAUUUUCAAUUUCACUUCCGCAACCAAUACACCAUGUUUAAAUUAACACAGGAAUAGCGUACCAAAUUAUACAGAGACAAACUUUCUUUAAUACAAAGGAAAAAAAACAAAAAAGAA